UUCUUCGUUCCGCUGUGAAUACUCGUUGUAAAUAGUGUUGCGUUGUUACUUUGUUCAUCGUACGAUUACGUGCACCAUACUCAAUUAUCCCAUAAGUGCCCCAAACCCUAGAUCGGAGAAGAAAUCGCAAACAGGUCCGUUGGACGAAAAAUGAGUGCUAAAGCUGGCCGCGUACGGCUAGCGAAGCAACCGGAUUCAUUGUUUCACACGUGCAUUCGGUUCGUUGCUAAGAAUUUACAACUCUACAAGGACAUCGAGUAUCUGGAGCUGCUACCAGCGCUGGUGAAGAAUGCCAUCUUUCUCAACGUCGUACGUGUACACAAGGGUUUCCAUGAUGAGGAAUUGCCCCGACUGCUGCUCAACUCCACCCUUACGAGGGUAAACCUGUCGACGUCGACGAUCACUGAUGGUCUGCUGGCGCUGUUGUCCGAAAAGUGUCCUCACCUGCGUAGCCUUACCCUGACCGAGGGCAACUAUCGGUUCACCCGCGCCGGCCUGGAUGCGAUGAUCAAGCAGCUAGGCAAACUGCAGCAUCUCUACGCGAAGCAUUGCCCGGUGAUCGAUGACGAGUUCGUGCGGCUGCUCACGACCAGCUGCCCGCAUCUGGACACCCUCGACCUGGAGUCGUGCAAGAACGUCGGUGACGAGUCGGCCGACGGUUUACGUGAUAUGCCGCUGGUUCGGCUAAACGUGGCGCACACCGGCAUCACGGACAAAUUUCUCAAGGCAAUAGCUAACGAGCGCUGCGGUAAGACGCUGGAGGACCUGAAUGUAGGACACUGUCCCAUCACCAGCGAUGGGCUGGCUGCUUUACCAUGGGACACAAUCAAGUACAUUGGUUUCGAAGGGUGCAGCAUUGAAGAUCUUGACAUUGUUGGAUUCGGGAAGCAUCUCAAGUAUAUCUACUGGACCAUCUCCAACUGAUACCGCUGAGGUAUCAUACAUAUUUCUUCAUAUUUCGAACCCAAAUUUACGACGGUUUUAUCCUACCUAAACCCCCAGUGCAAGAGAAUAAUUUUAUUUUAAAGUUUCUAUCCAGUUUAAGAUGUAUUCUGUUCUUUUUAAUGCUCAUCAGUUGGGCACAAUAACUGCGGUUACAAAGGUCGAUUCCAAGUCGAUAUUUCCCAUUUCCCCCAGCAGCCAGUGGGAUCCAUUUUAACGAGGACCAACUUAAAAAUCCAACAAACGUACGAAAAAUUCUACUAGCGCCUGUAAGGAGAGAUAGAAACAAUUUUCAGUAGAUGAUAUUUAUAUUCUAAUGACGUAUAUAUGCUAUCACUACUGCUACAACGGAUCACUACUAGUGCUACAUACAUAGAUUAUUAGUAUAAUUAAAAUACUUACCAAUAUCUACUAUGACUAAUCACAAUUCAUCCGACACUAUUUCUAAACCGUAGAACAGAAAAGCAAUCAAUUGGAGUACCAAAUGACGAGGGAUGAAACAGGCUGGAACCAUGUAGCGACUACACCAAGAACAAAUAGAACGUUCCUAAGUCACAGGGAUACUUCCAUUUCAAUUCAAGAAAAAAGGAUAUAGAGAAAGUAAACAGAUUAGAAAACAUUCUAUUUUAUGUUCAAUUCGGUAACAAAAGAGACCCUAAUUCUCGAUAGACCAUUGCCGUGAUUCGAUUGUUCUCGUAAAGUAAGUAGAACCAUCCCGUGAUAGACGAUUUGUUGCAAUAGAGCAGUAGGGAAUAUUAAAAUAGUGGAUAUGCAAGCAAUGAUUAAGUAGUAAGAAAUUGUGACGGAUUUUUGGGAUGUUUAACUUUCGAUGGUUAUCAGCAAUAGUUUUUUUUUUACAAUGAAACUAAUUCUCGCAUGUCCAAUUUCUAGCGACUUCAUGAUUCUCAUUCAAAAGUCAUAAAUAUUAUAUUCAUAUUCGUCGUGAUGGACUUGAUGAGCAAGUAAAAUCUCGAGCGUAUAUUCAACUACUUUUACAUAACCCUAGAUCUCCUUGGACAAAAACAGUCCCAUAGCGCACGUAAACGCUAUUAAAUACGUCUCGUGGAUGAAGAUUCCCCUAAUACUUCCCUUCUAACGAAAUGUCCAUUUCAAAUGCACCAAUGUACCAGGUAAGAAUAUUAUGGAUAACAAUAAUUGUACUAUUAAGACGGUUACGACAAAACUAACAGCAGCUAAUAGCGCACAGCAAAGCAAUGAAUUUUUAAAACAAUGAAAGCAAAUGAAACAAUAACGACAUGCGGAUCGUUGUAGGCAAAACUAGAAGAGUGUCGAAAAAAGGAAUAUGAAUCAACCAAAUGUCUAAAAAUUGCAUGCACACACCGAACCGAAGUGGAUGCAAAGAAACAAGUUACUAUAAGCCGGACCAAAAGAGACGUUGGAGAGGUUUUAGAUGGAUUUGAAAAGUUGUUGGAGCGAACAUGUCAGUGGAGUACGUUGUAGAAACAUUGCUUGAAACGACGAAUCAUUUGCAAACGAAUGAAUCAAAAGUUAGAAUGCUACCAAACGAAUCUUUGAUUAAUCGAAAUGCCACUAGUUGCUCCGGUAUCCCCACAGUAUUGCCAUCUGAAACGAUAACUUAAGAAAAAACAAAUUCCUACAACAAAUAAAUAAUCGGUGGUCCAAAUUCCUAACCUUUUAGAAGCGUGGUAGUAGUCGGAAGGCACACAUAUGACUUAUUCGCCAAAAAGAAAAUGAAUUGUUCAUCCUGCGAAUAAGAGCUUUAAACACCAAGCAAUAGCAGUCAAUAGCACUUGCUUCGGUCAAGAACUACGAAAUUGAUGGUAACGAAGAAGGAAAUCUAACCCGUAAAAUCGUUGCUCUUAUCACCGAUACUCAAGAAAAUAUCCAUAAAGCAUACUUUUUAAGCUAAUCGCAGUUUUCGAACAAACAUUUUGAAAAUAUUUUCAAUUUCUUAUCCUAAUCCAUGUGUUGCACAAUGUCUGCACUUUGGUAUACAUGAGUAAACACACGUAUAUUAUUUUCAAGAGAAACUGCACCAAUGCACCAAGUUUACUUUUACAGCACCGUUCAAAGACCACUUACUUACACGGUUAUUUAAAACAUUUUGACACUCUAUACAAACGACGCAAUAAUGGUAUGAGCAAACAAGCUACACGAAGAAGCUACUCGUUUGAAAGUAAAUCAAAAUUUUAUAUAGCACUAUAUAUAUACACAUAUUUAUCAAAUAAUAUAAAAGAGCAAGACACACGAAGCAAAAACACGUUCGACCUAACCGGUUCAAGUCAUCGAAAAGGCAAGGCAAGAGCAAAAAGAAACUAUUUAAAAUACAAAACUUAUAGUAAUUGAAAACACCACACCAUCCUACUUAGGAGCAAACAGUUGUUAGUUGUUGUAGUACGUAAGGGGCGCGAUCGUAUGAACUUGUAAGUAACAAGCGGCACGCAUAUUAGGUCUAGUUUUUCAGUUGUCCAUGAUAUAAAGGAAAAUGGUGCAAAAUAAGUACAUUUCCGAACGAUUGUU